AUGUCCCCAGUGCGUCGCCGUGGGCGCGGAAUGCAGGGGCUUCAACUCAGCCCGCGGCGCUGCUAUUCCGCGAAGUAUCGUACACAUCUCGAAAACGAGAUUGCCAGCCUCGAGUUGAAAUUGACAGAACUGGGCUGCGACGAGUUCGAGAUCCAAGAAGAGAUCGAUCACAGCGUACCUUCAAACACAAGCCCUUCUGUCCUUGCUACGGCUACUAUGAUCGAUGAGCUACCGCAGAUCUCCUCCUUGGAGACGGAGAUCAGAGAGCAAUACGUCGCGGUCGAGCAUGCGAUGAGUAGUCCCGCUCUGAAUACAGCCUUGAGCCAUCGGAGAACAUCGAGAACGCGAGACGCGACCAAGGAACGCGUGAUUGCCAGCGCCGAAAUCCAGGCAGUCCGGAUGGGACUCACGCCGUCGCUAGUGCUCUCACCUGAGGUGAAAGAGCAGGCCCAAAGCAAGACACCAGCCCAGAAUCGUGAUAGCGAGCCCGAGGUCGAUGUGUCGAUCUUGGCAAGCAUGCCGUCUCACGUCGUCGACACGUUGGUCAAGAAGUACGUGCAGCGCAUGCUCCCCGUUCACCUGUUUCUCUACGAGCCGACGAUAUGGGAACAGCUCGGCCGCGUGCUCUUGAAGAUUCCACGAGCUGAAGGAGGAGAGUCUUGUCCGCAGACGGUAAGGUUAGACUACGACGUCCUCGUCAUCUACUUGAUUCUCUCCGUGUCUACAACCUUAGGCAGUGCAAAGGUAGGGCAAGGCGCCCGGUGCAUGGCCUUCUCUGAAGCGCUCUUCAAAAAAGGGAUUCGUCACCUCUCGCAGAAUGCGGCGUAUCCUUCAGACAUGGCUUGGAUCCAAGUCACGUUGCUGAUUCUGCAGUACGCAUCCAUCAAUCCAAAGCUGGGAAAUGUGUGGAUCCUCAGUGGGUUCGCCAUGCGCAAUUGUCUCGAGCUGGGUCUGCAUCGCGAAGUGUCGGAGAGUAUGGAUCUGGACCCCUUGACUAUCGAUUCACGCAGACGUAUCUUCUGGGCCGCACACUGUAUGGAUCGGUCCAUUUGUGCGGCGCUCCAGAGGCCCCUGUCCAUCCGGACCCGGCAACCGACACGAGCAUCAUGUCGGUGCUCGAAGAUCGGGGCAUCGCUUCACAAGGACUCGAUCGCCAGGGACAAGCGACCAAGAAAUUGGCUAUUCGCGGGAUCAAAUAUAGACGAGUGCAGUCCACCAUCAUCGAAGUCCACUUCCAAGGCCGGCAGCUGGACCCCCACAGACAUGGCAGGAGUGGCUGGCGACAACAGAGCGACGAUUGUGGGAAUGGUAUCAGUCCGAUCUCCCGCACGAUGGGUGGACUGA